AUGGCGUCGUCAGAAGCCCCAGCGGGCCAUUCUUCCUGCAGCGAGCCGGCCAGCUGCCGAGCCGCGGCGGUGCACUACAGCCCCUUCACAAAAGCUCCGAAGAAUCCAGUCAGAGGCGCAUGCGCACAUUCCGUGGGAAUGCUGCUAUAUGCUGCCUGUCUGAUCACGUACGUUGUGCAGGCCGUGCUGGUGUGGGCCGAAGCCCCUGUGGCUGAGACCUUCUCAGUCGUGGAAGCCAAGGAGUUUGGACCUCUCGACCUGGAGUUCGAGAUUUCCUGCCCCUCCUGCGUUCAGUUGCAAUCGCCGAACUUGACGGAUGGAGCGAUGGAGCUGUGGCGAGUUUGGCAUGGCUACGAUUCGGCAAUGUACCCCCACUGUACAGAUGCCACCGAGAAUCGAACUGUGGAUGCGAGCCUCUCCAAUGCAACACUCUGCUACAGUUCCGAUGAUAUUGCCGAAGCAUCUGGCAUUGUCGUUUCUCUCUGGAACAUGACCACUGGAGGCCAGGGGAACCGAGCAAACGUCAUCGUCAGAGGCGCGUCCAUGGUUGUCACCACACCCCUAGAAUGGUGGCACGAAAAGACGCUUUUGCUGGGCUUGAAGGUGACGCGCGAUGCUCAAGAUUGCACCUCCGCAACUGCUUGCAAUCUGAAGCGGGAACUUUAUCUCGGCAGCAUGCAGUACGAUGGUCGCGUACAGGGCUGGCCCGGAGCGCGCUUGAACCUUCGACUUCUUCGGAUGGCCCAAGUGUAUACAAGGCUCCCUGGACAAACCAUCUGGGACGUUCUCGGAGCUGUCGGAGGAGCCAAUGGCCUUCUCAUGACUUUGAUGACGAUCAUAGUAUCAGGCCUGGAAAAGUGGGAAACCAAGCGCUUUGCCGAGUCAGCUGCUGAUGCGGCGAACACCGCGGCGAUGGACGGAGCUCCAUCCUUGUUCGGGAGGCUUCCCUGGAGUGAUUCCAACAAUUGCCUUGUGGCAGAUGCCAGCACAGGAUCCGGCAUCUUUCACGCUGUUCCCAGCGUCUACACAAGUGGCAUGCGCGACAUCACCAGACGGCAACGCUGCCUUCCUCACUCUGUCCGAAGGCUUGGUGGAGAUCUCACGUUACUAUGCCUUCCGCCUUGUGGUGCAGAAUGCAGACCGAAGUCCAGCCAACAACGUUUGGAGGCUUCAGUUUGGCCAGCAAGCCUCACUUCCGAUCCCUGGAUUCACGAUGCAGGCCUUCCAGCAGUUGGGGGUAUCGGCUUCAUUUGCGGGUGCAGCACAGCGCAUCGGCCAAGCACCGCCAAACCUGCUUCAGGUGCGCUUUCAACCAUCCGUGCCUGUGCCCUCCGGCGGGGUGCUACGGCUUUGUUGACACCACCCACUGGCUUCGAGCUCAUGGCCUCCGUCCCUCGUACAUCACGAGGUGUUCUGGUGCAGGCCAGCGCUACUUGUGUUGGUGAGUCCGUCUUUCUAGGUGUUGACUACAGCUUCAGCCAGUGCGAAGCCGCAUGCUCACAGCGCAGCUCCUGUGAGUUCUUUCGAGUGGGUAUUGGCGAUCGGUCUGGCGAAUGCAUCCAGGAAUCCACCGGCGACGGCUCAGCACCCUGCCAGGAACUUCAGCCUGACGAUUCCUUCAGUGUCUACCGGGUCACGCCCACGGGCAACUGCUACCGCUUUCUUCUGACAGAGGAUGGCGCUCAACGGAAUGACGUGGACUGCAGCUUGGAGCAGCACCCUGCGGCAGAUUUGCCGGGCCAGGGGUUUGGCAGUGACCCCGAUGCCGUGAUGACUGUGGCCGUCUUCGGCCUCCGCAUUGGAGCACCGGCACUGGCAGUCGAGAAGCUAUACAUCGCCACUCUUGCCAUGCGGAAUCCCAUGCAGAUGCCCGAGCAGAGCGUGUGGACUCUGCAAAGUUUCUCCCAGACACUGCUGGUCUCCGAGGCCCUGUUGGAGGAUGCCAGUGCAGACGGCUUUGCGUUGCUCGCAGCAUUGGAUCGCUUGGAACUGCAAGUCCUCCCAGAAGCAGAGAGACACAAGGCAUUCGCUGCAUACGCUCUUGGAGGUUAUGAGGGCUUGGAGCAGUUGAGGGCGAGUUGGCACUAUGGUAAAAACGGCGCAGUUCUUAAUGCUGUCGCACAAGGCUGCCUCCUUCAAAGGUGUGCUUGA